AUUUAGGCGAAAGCUAGAGGAGGGGGGCGGGAGCGCGGGGCUGGAGGAGUACCUCGGCCAAGAAAAUUAUGCAUGCGUUAGGCAAGCUCUGAGAGAAUGGCUGUGGAAGCUCUCCACUGUGGUUUGAAUCCGCGGGGUAUUGAUCACCCUGCCCAUGCUGAAGGAAUUAAACUGCAAAUUGAAGGUGAAGGUGUAGAAUCUCAAUCCAUUAAAAACAAAAAUUUCCAGAAGGUGUCUGACCAAAACGGAACCCCCAGGAGACUGCAGGGAGAAGCCGAGACAGCAAAGUUAGCUACAGUGAAGCUGUCAAAACCAGUGGCCCUGUGGACCCAGCAGGAUGUCUGCAAAUGGCUGAAGAAACACUGUCCAAAUCAGUAUCAGAUCUACAGUGAGUCGUUCAAACAACACGACAUAACUGGGCGAGCCCUGCUGAGACUCACUGACAAGAAGCUGGAGCGCAUGGGGAUCGCCCAGGAGAACCAGCGACAGCACAUCCUGCAGCAGGUGCUCCAACUGAAGGUGCGGGAAGAAGUCAGAAACCUGCAGUUGCUCACGCAAGCAUAUCAGAAACAUAUUCCAUGGUGAUCCAGCCUGUGGGACAAAUGAUAUAUCCAAUUCUUUGCUGCACCCUGUACCUUACUUGUCUCCUCCAGCUCUCGGUAAAUAUUUGUUGAAUAAAUGAAUGAACAAAUGAGUACCUGUUAGUCACCACAGUUACAAAGACAAAUGGGAUAUGAUCCCUGGCCUUGAGGAGCUCACAGUCUAUUGAACACAAGCAGCAAAUUAAAUACUGGUCAUGCCUCCUGGGCACUUCGUUCUUUUAUUUAUAAACACCAUUUCAUCUAUGUCUACCUCCUAUUCAUACCAACACCCAAAUGAAACUACAAGAUAUGUGAAAAUGUACCUCGGAGAAGCCUAGAAAUGGAGAGGAAGCCUCCCGCUUGUCCUGCAGAGAUAGUGUCUCUAUGCUGACUGAGCACCUGUGAAGGCUAUAGGGAGAACUGCCCCACCACAGCUGCAGGAACCUGAGCCCAAUUACUCAGAAUCACCCUCAGGGACCCAUCAGAAAAAGCCAGAGCAAAACCACUGACACAUCGUUCCAUCAAGCUGUGCCUGCACUGACUGCAGAAACAGCAGUGUGGCCACUGUGUGGCCACUGCUCCCCCAAGCUGCAGCUAGAGGAGGAAGAGAGGAAGUAGACACCAGGCCUUUGUUUAGUUUUUUAAAAGGAGAGGUGAGGAUCUUACAAUCAACCUGGAUAUA